AUGGCAGACUUCCCCAUCGUCGACAUCCACACCCAUGUCUACACUCCCGCUUACUUGGACAUGCUCCGAGCCCGCAAAAAGGUGCCAUACGUCCACGAUCCAGCCAACGGUGCUGAUUCACGUCUAAUCAUCCUCUCAUCCGACGACGAUGCCAGUACGCCCGCAGACCAGCGCGGCCGCCCCGUUGACUCAUCCUACUCCGACAUCGAGGUAAAACUCGCAUUCAUGAAGCGCCACGGGAUCACCACCAGCGUGAUCUCGCUGGCCAACCCGUGGCUUGAUUUUCUGGACGUCGACGACGCACAGAUCUGGUCGGAGCGUAUCAACAACGAUCUAGAAGAGACAUGUGCGCAGGUCAACAGCAAAACCAGAACAGACACUGUCGCGACAGGAAUCAAGACUCUGUAUGCCUUCGGUGCCCUGCCGCUAUCAGCCCCGGACGCAUCCAUAAUCGUAAACGAGAUUACACGACUCAAAAUGCUCCCUCACAUGCGAGGCGUGAUUAUGGGCACAUCUGGUCUGGGAAACGGCCUCGACGACCAGAAGCUCGACCCCGUCUGGGCCGCGCUCGCACAAACCCAAACUCUGCUCUUCCUCCACCCUCACUAUGGCCUCCCCGACGAGGCAUUUGGUGGGUCCGAAGUAACGCAAAGAUACGGCCACGUUCUCCCCUUGGCGCUUGGUUUCCCGCUCGAAACUACUAUUGCGGUUACUAGGAUGCUCCUAUCGGGCGUCUUUGAUCGGUUUCCCGAUCUUAAGAUCUUGCUCGCGCAUUCGGGCGGUACGUUGCCGUUUUUGGCCGGGAGAAUUGAUAGCUGUAUUGCGCAUGAGCGCAAGUUUGUCGCGAACGGCGGUUCGGCACAGGGGCCUGUAAGGGAUGUGUGGAGCGUGCUGAAUACGAAUAUCUACCUGGAUGCGGUUGUGUAUGGCGAGGCAGGUCUUAGAGCAGCUAUUCACGCAGCUGGGAGUCACGAGAGGCUUUUAUUUGGUACCGAUAACCCUUUCUUCCCACCUCUUUCCGAAAAGGAGGAUGACAUCUGGCCCAGUGUCACGACCAACUACAAGGCAAUCGAAGGAACUCUGGGUGAAGACAAAGAGGCUGUUCGAGGAGUCCUUGGUGGUAACGCAGUUCGCAUUCUAAAUCUCAAUUAG